AUGCAAGCAACCAAAAUUUCAUUCCCCUCAACUCCAACCGUCAGGCCAACUUCAUUCAACUUUGGGAGAUGGAGAAGAGUAUCUAACAGCCAAAUUGUGGUCUCCGUGAGAGGAACGGAUGACCGAGAAUAUGACGGAAGGCUUGUUGACGACGACAUGAGCACGCUAAGGGUACGGAUAAGGGAAAUGAAGGUGCAAGAGGAACGUAAGAAUGUGCCUUCCGAUUGGAUGGAAUGGGAGAAGCAGUAUUAUUCUGUGGAUUAUUGUGUUGAUGUUGGUGAAGCAAUGGGUUUGUUGCAGAAGAAUUUGUUGAAUACAAGACCCAGUUUGGCUUUAGGGAUUGUGGCAUUUGUUUUUUUGAGUGUGCUCAUGUCUUCUGGGAUGGUCUUGGUUUGUGCUCUAGAACUUGUUAAGAAAAUCAUCGUUUUGGGUUCUCAGAUAGGUUGA